AUGUACAGAUCAAAGGCAAUCCUGUCUUCUCUUCGAAACGGUUACUCGAAGAUCUCGACUCGUUCGUAUCUAAUCCGAUCUCAGGUUGGUUCUUCUUCAAACUCGUCUUCGCCUUUCGAUUCUCUUGCAAUCCCUAGUCGAUUUCCAUGGCAAUACCGCUCCUUUUCUUCAAAUCCAGAUUCUAUGCUUCAGUUAGUAGUUGAGAAUGAUUGGUCCAGAGAAGUAGAGGAAGGAUUGAGAAAACCCGACACGCCUUUAACCCACGAGACAGCAAUCUACGUCCUUAGGAAAUUGGAUAAGCACCCAGAAAAAGCUUAUUGCUUUCUCGAUUGGGUUUUUAGAGAAUCAGGGCUUAGUCCAAGCGCUCCACUUUAUAGCAAUAUGUUGAGGAUUUUAGUGCAGCAGAGAUCCAUGAAACGAUUCUGGAUGACAGUGAGUGAUAUGAAAAAAGGAGGGUUUUACAUGGACGAGGAAACCUAUCAGACUAUCUAUGGUUUCCUUAUUAAGGAGGACUCCAAAGCUGACGCUGCGGCUGUGGCUCAUUUCUAUGAGAGAAUGGUUAAGCAGAACGCAAUGGCUGUAGUUGUAGAAAAUGUUUCUGCUGCUGUUUUGAAGGUGGAUUGGAGUGUUGAGGUUGAGAGGGAAUUGCAGGAGAUGAAACUCGCCUUGUCCGAUAAUUUCGUUAUCAGGGUAUUGAAGGAACUAAGGGGUCAUCCUUUGAAAGCUUUAGCAUUUUUCCAUUGGGUUGGUGGUAGUUCUUCUGGUUAUCAGAACAGUACCGUUACUUAUAACGCGGCCUUGAGGGUUUUGGCUAGGCCUAAUUCGGUUGCAGAGUUUUGGAGUGUUGUGGAUGAAAUGAAGAACGUUGGGCACGAGGUGGAUCUUGACACUUAUAUAAAGGUUUCGAGACAGUUUCAGAAAUCUAGAAUGAUGAUCGAUGCAGUUAAGCUUUACGAGUUUAUGAUGGAUGGUCCCUUCAAGCCAUCUAUUCAAGAUUGUAGUCUUCUGUUGAGGUUCUUAUCGGCUGGUCCCAAUCCGGAUUUGGAUUUGGUAUUUCGGGUUUCAAGAAAAUAUGAAUCAACUGGGAAUUCUCUCUCAAAGGCUAUUUAUGAUGGAAUCCACAGGUCUUUAAGCAUUGUAGGGAGGUUUGACGAAGCCGAGGAGAUCAUGAAGGCUAUGAGAAAUGCGGGCUUUGAGCCAGAUAACAUCGCAUACAGCCAGCUUGUGUUUGGGCUUUGUAAAGCUAAUAGAUUAGAAGAAGCAUGUGGAGUUCUCGAUCAAAUGGAAGCACAAGGAUGUUUUCCUGACAUAAAAACUUGGACUAUUCUGAUCCAAGGGCACUUCAAAAAUAAUGAUGUCGAUAAGGCCUUUGUGUGUUUUGCGAAUAUGCUAGAGAAAGGGUUUGAUAUCGACUCUGACCUGCUUGAUGUCUUGGUAGGCGGGUUCCUUAGCCAAAACAGGAUCGAGGGAGCGUGCAAAUUCCUUAUGGAGAUGGUGAGAAAUGCCAAUGUAAAGCCUUGGCAAAGCACGUACAAGACUCUUAUAGACAAGCUGCUAGAAAUCAAGAAGGGCGAAGAGGCGCUAGAUCUUCUCCAGAUGAUGAAGAAGCAAAAUUACCCUGCGUAUGCAGAAGCUUUUGAUGGAUACCUCGCAAAGUUUGGGACUUUGGAAGACGCUAAGAAGUUCUUGGAUGUGCUAUGCUCAAACAAUUCUCCUUCCUUUGCAGCCUAUUUUCAUGUUAUCGAAGCUUUCUACCGAGAAGGAAGACUGUCUGAUGCAAAAGAUCUUCUCUUCAUAUGUCCCCAUCACUUUAAAACACACCCUAAAAUCUCUGCGCUUUUCGGCGCAGCUUGA